AUGUUCUCUCUAAACACAACCGCAACCCUCCACCACGUAACGCACCUCCCGCGCUCCGUCUCCUUCGCGACAGCCGUCUCCCACCUCCACAACCACGUCCUCCUCAUCCGCCUCGACCCCGAAUACGCCUCGCACGAAGACCUCCCCAGCGACCCCUCCACCCCAGACGCAAAAUGCUACCGCAUAACCGACCACAUGAACGCGCUCCCCGCCGGUCUCUGGGACACAACCGUCAAGUUCGACGCCCACAUGACUGAUCUCGACGACGGCGUAUUAUGGACUAUCAAGGCGCCGCUGGGUCUCACUCAGCAGACUACGUGGCGGUGUUUGAAGACGGAGGGGUUGAGUGAGGAGGAUAGAGAGGGGGCUGAAGGGUGCGAGUGGAGUCUUGUGGAGGAUGUGGAGAUUAGGGCGAAUAGGAUGUUGGUGGGGACGGUCAAGGCGAAGUGUGAGGAGAAUUGGCCGGGGGCGCAUGGCAAGUUUUUGAAGUAUUGUACGGGGGAGACGGCGGCAUAG